GGCGUGGACCCCCGUGGAGUGAGCAACCAAUUGCUUCCCCGCCAGUCGGUGUCCGACUCCUCCCACUUAGGGUUCGUCUUUGGUAGGCCUGGAUGUUAGAGAUCCCGCGGUCCUCCCUCCCCGGGUGAGGCGAGGCGGGACAGUUGUUGCUGAGGUGAGGUCUAGUAACCGGUGUGGUACUUCCCGGCCAAGGGGCACCGGGCCGUAGGGUCUCCGCGGCGCGGAGUGGGAGAGGAGCUCGACCCGCGAGGGAACCCAGCCUCGCCACCGGAGCGAGCGGAGGGCAGCACUCAGGUCUGGUGGGCGGCGUGGAAAGCGCAGUCGAGCCAGUGUAACCGAGGCACGGCCGUGGGUGGCCCUUCCGACGGUUCUUUCCGCCCAGCACCCGGGAACUUGGCGGAGCUCUCGGCCGCGUGGAUCCCAGUCCUUGCAGCCUCGUCCUUUCACCCAUGUGCAGUCCCGCGCUGGAGAAGGGACCGCGGGUGCUCUGAGCUCUCAACCCCCAUUUCAGUGUCUUGUCACCCCGUGCAUACCUUCAUAUAAGGUGAUUCCUAAGCAGCUGGGAACCUGAGGCUGUAAAAGGGGCUGCGGGAAAUGGACUGCAGUCCAAAAUCCAGAAGCAGAACUUGACGGUUUAAUCACUGACCCAUUUCACAGAAUGUUUCAUGCAUUCAUGGACCAAAAGAUGGAGUUGAUUUUUAUUUUUAAAAAGAUAUUGUCAGUGAUCUGAUACGCCUAUAAGUAUUCAUCUGAUGAAGAUGCACGAACUUGUCAUUAAGUUGGAUUAGUGAUCAAUUCUGAAAAUUUCUUCAACUACGAUCUCUACUUGAAAAUUCAAAUAUCAAGGAAUAUUUGGUUUAGAAUGCUAUAAUGAUGUAUUUUCUCUGAGGACUGCAAAUUUCAUAGAGACCACAGUUGGAUUCCAGUUAUAUUCUCCAAUCAAAGUGAUUCAGUUCUUUGAUAAAGUUAAUUUUGAAGAUUUUCAUUUCUGUAAACGACGCCAAAAGAUGGGAGAAAAAAAUGGUGAUGCAAAAACUUUCUGGAUGGGGCUGGAAGAUGAUGGAAAAGUGGAUUUCAUAUUUGAACAAGUGCAAAAUGUACUGCAGUCACUGAAACGAAAGAUCAAAGAUGGGUCUGCCACAAAUAAAGAAUACAUCCAAGCAAUGGUUCUAGUGAAUGAAGCAACUAUAAAUAACAAUUCAACAUUGAUAAAGGGUCACACGUCUGUGGCCGAGAAUGCACAGGAAAAGAAAUCAAGGUCAUUGCCAUCUACGUCAUAUGAAGACUCCUUUCCAGAAGACCGUACCUCUCUACCUACAGAAAAUAAGGAAACUCCCCCUCUGGAAAAUAAAAUUGCAGACUUUAGAGAAAAAGAAUCAUCUUCAAAUUUAUCUUACCGAAGUCAUGCCUGCUCUGGUGCCUGUCUGAUGAAAAUGCCGCUAACCUUCAAGGGAGAAAACCCUUUGCAGCUACCAAUCAAAUGCCACUUCCAAAGACGACAUGCGAAGACAAACUCUCAUUCUUCAGCACUCCACGUGAGUUAUAAAACCCCUUGUGGAAGGAGUCUACGAAACGAGGAGGAAGUUUUUCGUUACCUGCUUGAGACAGAGUGUAACUUUCUAUUUACAGAUAACUUUUCUUUCAAUACCUAUGUUCAGUUGACUCGGAAUUACCCAAAGCAAGAAGAAAUUGUUUCUGAUGUGGAUAUUAGCAAUGGAGUGGAAUCAGUGCCCAUUUCUUUCUGUAAUGAAAUUGACAAUAGAAAGCUUCCACUGUUUAAGUACAGAAAGACUAUGUGGCCACGAGCAUAUUAUCUAAACAGCUUUUCCAACAUGUUUACUGAUUCAUGUGACUGUUCUGAGGGCUGCAUAGACAUAACUAAAUGUGCAUGUCUUCAACUGACAGCAAGGAAUGCCAGGACUUGCCCCUUGUCAAGUAAUAAAAUAACCACUGGAUAUAAAUAUAAAAGACUACUGAGACAGAUACCUACUGGCAUUUAUGAAUGUAGCCUGUUGUGCAAAUGUAAUCGGCGAAUGUGUCAAAACCGAGUUGUCCAGCAUGGACCUCAAGUGAGGCUGCAAGUGUUCAAAACUGAGAAGAAAGGAUGGGGAGUACGUUGUCUUGAUGACAUUGACAGAGGGACAUUUGUUUGCAUUUAUUCAGGAAGAUUACUAAGCAGAUCUAACACCGACAAACCUGAUGCUAUUGAAGAAAAUGGAAAAGAAGAGAAUAUUACGAAAAAUAUGUUUUCAAAAAAGAGGAAAAUAGAAGUUGCAGAUUGUGAGGUUGAAGUUAUCCCGUUAGAAUUGGAAACGCAUCCCGGAAGCGCUGUGACUGAGGCAUGUCCACCUAAGCUCCACCUUCAUCCCAAGGAACCUACUGCAGAAAUGAAAUGUAACAAUAUUUCAAGAAUUCAAUAUCAUUCAGUCAUUAGAAGUCCUAAAACCAAGACGACCAUUAUUCAACACAAUGGGAAAAAGAUGGGAUUUACUUCCUCAGAGUCUGUAACCUCAGAAGAUACUGGUGGAUUUAAAUCGACCCAGCUACAUCUGAACUCUAAAGCCAAGGAAAUGAGAAAGGACUCAAGCUCAAAUCAAGUUGAAGAUUCUGAAGACAACCUUUGGAUUGAAUCAGAUGUGAUAGAUAUAACAAAAUGUAGAGAAGAAACUCCACCAGGGGGCAGAUGUAACCAGGCAGUCACACUGGAUAAUCAGAAUGUUACAAAGGAUUUUAAGGUUCAAAUACAAAAACUCCAAGAGGAAAAAUCCGCGGCAUGUCAAAACCAGCAAGUCUUUUGUGAUAAAAAGUUGCCAAGUGAAACCAAGAAUGCUUCGUCUGAUUCUCUAAAGAAGUUCAGUAAAGGGAAUGUGUUUUUAUUGGAUGCCACAAAAGAAGGAAACGUGGGCCGCUUCCUUAAUCAUAGCUGUUGCCCAAAUCUUUUGGUACAGAAUGUUUUUGUAGAAACACAUGACAGAAAUUUUCCAUUGGUGGCGUUCUUCACCAACAGGUAUGUGAAAGCAAGAACAGAACUAACAUGGGAUUAUGGUUAUGAAGCUGGGACUAUGCCUGAGAAAGAAAUCCUCUGCCAAUGUGGGGUUAAUAAGUGUAGGAAAAAAAUAUUAUAAAUCUGUAGCUAAUGCCUGUUCAUGAAAUUAGCUUAUCAGACUGAAAUUAGAGCCUUGCAAAAGAACCCCCAGUGGUCAGUGGAAUAAAUUUAGGUUGUAAUCCAUCAAGAGAAUUCCUCUCAGUUUACCCUUGUUGGGGAGUUCACUUGCAUAACUUAGAAAUGUUAGGAACAAAAUAAGGACAUUUUCAUAUGCAUUGGGUAUCUCUUUAUUCUUACUGCUGUUUGACUUUACAUGAGUAGGAUGGAAGUGUAUAUUUUAUAUGAAAUACCAGUAUAUAAUUUGUAACUUAUUUAUAAAUUAUAUAUUAAGAAAAACAAAUAUCACAGUUGAUUUCAGCUCUUCUUACUGCUUUUGUAAUUAUUAUCUUUGACUUUCAUGGCCCCUAAAGGGCCAAAUUUCAUAUCUUUACCUACAAUAUUUAUUUAUGUUUAAUUCCUGGCAAAUAAUUCAGCAUUAUGAGCCAUAAGAUGGACAACAGAGCCUAAAGAAUAUGUCAAAACUAACUUUAUGCAUAUUACUUCGUGUAUUUUAAUACUAGUUGGACAAGCUAAAUCUGGCUCCUUGAAACACUAUCCAAUCAAUCCACCGAGUGCAAAGAGAGAGACGCUCUCCUGUGGGGAAGGUUUUGGCACACUCUUUGAGAUGAAAGCUUCUCUUCACUCCUUCAGUACAAAUACUGAAAGGAAAAGAGGAAAAAUAAACUUGGAAAAAUUGGAGUAUUUUUGUUUUAGACAGAGUCAUAAGAAAAGGAGACCUAGAAAAUAGACUUGGCUUAUUUAGGCCAGAAGUGAUUGUGCUGGGCAAAAAUUUCACUUAACAAAACAGAACAAUUCUACUGAGCUGCAAAGUCUGAAACAGAGCCUUGGACUCUCCUGGGCAUGAUGUGCAAAUUAUUUUCCUAAAGAAGAAGGGAGGUACUUUGCUGUAGGUUACCUAGCCAUGAGUGUCUAGUGGAAAGGGGAUGAGAAUCUCCAAGAGUUAAAACUAAUUUUAUCCAUGACAAAGAUGCACAUUUGGCUGCCAGGAACUUCCCCCCUUGGAACCAGGAUGGGAAUACUGGCUCAAAAAGGAGUAAUUAAAAGUAGUCCUGAGUUUUGAAGGGGUUUUUUCCUUUUUUUCUGAACUCAGUUCUGGGUUUAGUUUGGUUAUCUUCCAAACAAAAAUCUAUUCUAAGUUUGGGCCCAAGUUAAUUUCUUUAAAAAUACUGAAGUAAACAAAAAAUUGACUUGAAAUUGGUUUAGGGAGUGGGAAACCAAAGAGCUAGGAAAUGGAGCAAAAAAACUCAACCCAACAGCCAGUGGACAGUUGAGAAAAGUUGAAAAGUCCAUUUAUUCACAGUAAAGAUGGCAGGACUUUUAGGCAGUGCACUAAGAUAAAGUGAAGACAUUUGAUAAGUAUGGAAAAUGUUUUUGUGCACAAAUCUGACAUCUUGAUCUGCUUCGGUGUGUACUUGUUCACAGUCAUCAUCUUCCAUCAGCGUGCUAGAAACUCUCUUUGUCGCUCUUAUGUCAGAUCUGUUUCUGAUUAAAUCCCAUUGUUUCCCUUUUCCUUGAUUUACCUCCACAUCCUGAUGAAACAAUCCUACAGUAGCUUUUGAAAGAGAAAAAUGAGAAAUAUUUUGAGACUUGUAUGUUUGAACAUGUUAUUUUACUCUUAUACUUGAUUUCUAUUUUGGCGGGGUAUAGAAUUCUUGAGUAGCUUCCAUGCCCAAUUUUGAACACAUCUGCUAGACUCCAGUGUUGCUGCUGUGAAGUCUGAAAAUAUCCUACCUCUGGGUUAUAGGGUGACUAUUGGAAGUCACAUGCCGUUCUUUUUCUUAUCCUUUGUAUAUGUGACCAGCUUUUAUCUCUCUUCAAACUUAAAGCAUUCUCUUUGUCCCAAUGUUCUGUUCUCAGUAAGUCAUUGUCAUCCCUUGUACCAGGUGCUUGGUGGGAUCUUUCAAAUGAAAACUUUGUUCUUCAGAGAAAUUUUCUUGAGCUAUUUCUUUAAUGAGUCCUUAUCUGUUCUCUUUCUGGAAUUCCUGUUAUCCAGGAUUGGGUCUCUUAUUUUCUUAUUUUCUCUCUUAAUUUCCAGCUUUGUCUUCUUGCUCUACUUUCUGGGAGAUUUCCUCAACUUAAUCUUCCAAUUUGUCUAUUGUGGUUUUGGGGGGAGAGUUGGGGGGGGUCUCAUUUUUUUAUUUCUAGAGCUUUCUUUUCUUCUCUGAAUAGCAUCCUAUUUUUGGUUCAUGGUUGCAGUAUCUUAUCUCUUUGAAAAUACUGUAGUAUAACACACCCAUACAGGCAUUCAUAACAAUUUUUUUUCUUCUUGAGUAUUCUGUGACCUCCAAGGUUUGUUUCUUUGUUUCAAUUUGGUAUUUGUCUUUCAUGGUUUAGUCUUUCCUUGGUUAGUGAUCUUGGCAGUCUGCUCAUACCUAAGGGUGGAACACUGGAAAACUGAGAUUAUAAACUGAGAGUUUGGGAAAGGGUUCUUCCACUAAAAUUAUUUCGCCAUGACCUAGCUGAACUAUUCAGUCCUAAUUCAGCCUCUUUAGGACUUUCUUUUUGGCCUGGCAAGGAGACCUCUUCAGUCUUCCUGCUUGAAGGCAAAAACAAAACAAAACAAAAAAACCCAAAACUUUGCUGCCAGAGCCUUCUCUUUUCUCCCUUUUUGCAGCCCCACAGUCUUGCUUCUGUAAUCCAUUUUUGUGUUUGUCAAGACUACCCGCAUUAUCCUUUUAAAUAUUGUUUCUCUUUUCGCUCCCAAAUUUGCCUCCUUUCCUCUGUUUAAAACCUGCUCAAAAAGCAAGACCUCCAGGAGUUUUCAUUUGAUUAUUUCCUCAGCAAACCGCAAACUACUACACGCUUGUUUUCCAAAGCAACUUAUUUUUUAACUAAUUUAAUUAUAUGAAAUUUAUGUUCUCUUCAUGUGUAUUUGUUGUAUGCACCAAAAACCUCGUCUUGUAUGGUGCUGUGUACCCCAUGGGUGCUAAAUAAAGGCUUGCGACUAGCAACUGGAAUU